AUGCCACGCUCAUCUGAUGGUCAGUGCCCCCAAACCCCCCUGGACCACCAAACCCCCCUGGGACCCCCCCCAAAACCCCCCUACACCUACGCCACGCUCAUCCGCCAGGCGAUCCUGGAGGCCCCGCAGCGGCAGCGCCCCCUGGCGGAGAUUUACCACUGGUUCAGCCGCCAUUUGGGUUCUUUCCGGCACAACACCCGGACAUGGAAGAACGCCGUGAGGCACAACCUGAGCCUGCACAAGUGCUUCGUGCGGGUGGAGGCGGCCAGAGGAGCCGUGUGGACGGUGGACGAGGCCGAGUUCCGCAGGAAACGGGGCCAGCGCUACCCCAGGGACUGUGACCUCAAGUGCUUUGUGCCCCCACGGCGCUGAGGGGGGACCCCAAACAUCCGGGAGGGGCAUGGGGGGGUCCCCCAAAGCCCCCCAAGAGGAACGUGAGACCCCAAAACCCCAAAGGAAC